ACGCAGUAACUCUUGCUUUAAACUUCUAUACGACACUAUGACAAUUUAAUAUAAGAAUUUUAAAGCAAUCGUAUGCGUUUAUGUGAAAAUUAUAUUGACAAUCGAUGAAUGAUAUUCUACUUAACAGAUCAAAACUGAUCCAUAGUCCUGGGAAUAUUGUCAUCAACGUCAAAGAUAAAGUUAUUGGUUACCGCGAGUGACCCGAGAAAGCAGCAGCGCAAUCUACAAGUUAAACACGGUGCUAUUCCUUAACAAUAGUAGAAUAAGAAACUGGGACGGAGAAACCAAAGAUCCAGUGAAUAAAUCUACAUUUUAUCUACUAUUGCAGCAAUAAUAUUGAUAAGGAUAUGAAAUAAUUACUAUUAUACGGAAAUGGUGAUUCCAAUGAAAUAGCGGAAAUGCAUUUUAUAGAGUGCAAGUGUACGCCAUAGUGCUAAACGUGAAACUAUGCCGGGUGGCUAUGUCUCUCUCAAUGAUGCAUGAGGAGACAUGUUUGUAAACGGGAACAAAUCGCGUAUGCGUAAGCGUGUGCAUAAUCGAGAGGGAGCAGCAAUCUCUGUUUUACUCAGUCUACUGUUCGUAGUUGACUGAAAUUCUUGUGUUUUUUGUGUAGUCGAGACAAAGUGCCAAAGUGAGGCAGCAUCUGUAGAGAAAUAUUCAUCAAUUGGUUAUAUUUCUGGCUGUCGUUCAAUACACAUAAACUGACUGUCGACACGCUCGUAAAUUUUCAUAUUGCUGAGCAACAACUGUAAUAAGAAUCGUAUGGUGUUUUUUAUUAUAAAGGUUAAGGGGGACCUGAACACGCCUAUUUUACUGUGGGAGAACGUACAAAAUACUAAACCGUUUGCUGAAAAUCCUCUCAAAUGAGGACGGUAGGACCAGAGUUCUACAAGCUAUCCAGGCUUAAGUAUAUCAGUGAUUCUAUUGAGAGAAUUGUAAAGUUGCCAGUUGGACAUAAGCACCGUGAUAUUAAGUACGUCAAGGUUGGACAUAGUGUGUGAUGAGUGGCAGUGGUUUCAGAGGAAGGGGCUUUGGAUCACGAGGUAUUCGUCCUCGUGGACCAUCAGGUGUCAGAGGAGGACCUCGUUUUCCUCCGCCCCAUUUUAAUCGACCAUCUUUCCCACGACAUGGUUCAGAGAAUUGGCAUGAACAUCCUGCGCAACCAUUCUGUGCUCCUUGGCAGUAUAAUGGAAGGGGACACUUUCCAAACUUUCAAGUGCGACCACCAUUUCGGCAUGAUGUUCCAUUCCAUCAUGGUAGAGGAAGAGGUCCGAAUGUUCGUGGAAUGCCUCCUAGAAUGCGAAUGCCUGGAGCACCUGGUCUUUACAGACCAGAACUACAAAGUGAAAAUGAAGUUUAUGCAUCACCGUCUUAUAAUGAACAACAUGAGAGUUCUGCGAACCUACCACAAAUAUCAUCAGCUCCACCCCUGGGAUCGGAAGAGGAACGCCAACAGAAAAUUACUGAGGCUGCUGAUAAACUUAAACAAAAACUCUCUUCGAUUAAGAACCAGGAGGUAGAAAACUUUUGGGAAGAAGAUGUAGAUCUCAUUCCAUCAAAAUCUAUAAAAGAGGCACCCAAUAAGGAGGUAGCUGAAUUACAUCCACAUGAUUUUAACUUAACCUAUCAUGAUCUUAAGGAUAUAGGACGAGUUGAUUUGCACCGUACCCCCAUGCAAGAUGAUUCUGUUGUUGUGUUGGAUGAAGUAUGUAAUAGAAACUUAACGGAAAUUCCGUUAUUGGAUGAAGAAAGAAGAAAUUCUGAAGGUGAGAGUGAAUGUAAUAUCCCCAAUAAUGCAGUAAAAGAAGAGGUAGAUAAUGUGCAAGAAAAUGCAAUAGAUAAGGACAUAACAAAUAUUCCUACAAUAGAUUCCACUGUGGUACAAUCUCGAGAGAAUACAACGUUACAAACUCAUCAAGAUACUAUGCUAAAUUUUGCAGAAGAAAUCCCACAUCACAAUCCAUCAGUUAGCUUCAAUUGUAGGCCAGAAUUUCAUCGAGGUAACGUCAACACGCCUCCCAGAUUCAUACCCAGACAAAUGGGACCCAGAUUCCGAAUGCCUUACCCGCAAGAGAUGUCUCCAAUGGGGCGUGGAAAACCAUUAACACUACGACCCAUGCACCCUAACUCCAGACCACCAAAUCAACACGAUAUGCCUCGUGUCAUGUUCAAUCAUCAUACACCGUCUCCUGCCGUAUUUAAUCGACUACCUCCACCAUCGAAUUUCCAUUCAAUGGAUCAAAAUCUCAACAUCGACACACUUCCGCAAAUGCAGGCUGAUCCAAUGCAUUCAGGUGUUCGCUUCAAUCAUAGAGGACCUCCUCCACAUCUUAGUUCACCUUCGAACAUUCAGUGUAACUCCUCCAACGAAGAACGAAUGAACUUUCCUGAUUUCGACCCACGGAAACCUCCUCCAAGUGUUAUUACGCAGGAGGAGGUGCCACAACUACCACCAGUGUUCGAUCCCAGACUAAGUUUUCAGGAACGUCAGCGAUUAAUUCCAACAGUAGUUUCAGCACAGUUACAUCCGCCAUUGUCAAUGCAGGUUCCAUCAUCGACGAUACCACCUCCACCGCCUCUGUCAGGUCCGCCACCACCUCCAGCACCACCAGGAUCUCUCCUUGAAAUGGUGCCCAUGACUGACUUUGAUUUAAUUCCAAAUUACUCAAUGACAAAUAACUUUGAUAUGGCUCAAAGUCAUUUCCUACAAUUGGACGGAGUGCAACCAUUGUCACAGCAAGAGGCUUUAGAACCAGAACAGAAUUAUAUAGAUAUUGAAGGGGAAUUAUACAUGGAACCUCCACCAGAACCACCGAUACUUUCAGACUAUUGUUCUCCUCCACUUCCAGAGACAUUGCCUCCUGCAGAUGCUCCUUUGCCUCCUGUGGAUGCUCCUUUACCUCCCCCGGAUGCUCCUUUGCCUCCAGUAGAUGCUCCUCUACCUCCAUUAGAUGCUCCUUUACCUCCAGCAGAUGUUCUUUUGCCUUCUACAGAAGUUCCUUUACCCAUCUCAGAAUCACGAUCGGUUCUCUUUUCAAAGAAACAAGGUUCAAAGACCUCGACAGAGACCUCGGAACAGCAAGAGCCACCAAGAGUGAGCAAGGAGACGAUACUCCCCUCUACAUCUCGGCCGAAAACGGACAUGGAUAAACCAAAACAAAAACGACUUAGAAUGAAGAAAUCAAAGAGUGAGAACAUCGCGACGUGUUCAGCGCCAACAAUGUCGAUGUCACCCACUGAUAAAGUACAUACUGUGCAAAAUCAAGAUAAUUCAAAGCAAUAUCAAAAUACACUACAGGAGGAUGUACCAUUAUCAGAAGAACAGUCCCGUCCGAAGGUGGUGUUUAAUUUAAACGCUAAGAUAAAGAAGAUAAGUAAGCAAGAGGAAUGGCAACAGCAAACUGAUACAUCUACUGCAAAGCACAGGAAACUAAAGGCACAAAUAGUUGCUUUAGAAAACCCAGCAAAUGCCCUCCGUGUAAAAAGUCACUCACAAAUUCGCAAAAUGCCAUCGCCAAAGUCAAGUAAACCGUUGAUCUCUAGUCGUAAAAGAAGUGAAGCUAGAGGACGAGUUUCCGAGUCCUCCUGGAAGAGUACCGUAAUUGAUCGAUUUUUGAAAAUGAGCAAGAACGAGAUACGUAAUAUUCUUAAUAAUUCAAGCCUGAGAAAAUUCGAUAUUGCCAUGAAGCAGCUUGUUAAAGAGAGACGAUCUUCGCUAUCUUGGGAAAUGCGCAAUACCGAAGAUGAGAAGAUCAAGAGCUACGAUCGUGAACAAUUCAUAUGUCAACUAAAUGAAAUGCUGGAUCCUAGCGCCACUAUUGAUAUAACAAAUCUACCUACGGAAUUUAUCAGACACCUAGGUGAAGUCUUACAACUCAAUUCUCUUCCCCAGGAUCAGACUGAUUCCAUACAAAAUACAGAGGCAGAAGUUACUCCUGUUCAUACGACAAGCAAGAGUCAACCUGCCGAGUCAACUUAUGAUAAACUACAUGGUAAGACUAUUUCUAGGUCGUUGAUGAAAAAGGAAAUUGAUAUCAGUAUGAAUGCUAAUGAAGUUCACGAAGAUACGACUAUUAACAAUGUACAAAUAAACGUGGAGCAAAGUAAAGAGACUCAGGACUCUCGAUUGAAUAUGGACCUGGAUAACAUAUUCCUGGCAGGUAUUGCAAAGGCAAAACACAGUACGAAAUCUGCAACAUCUGAAAAAGUUGUUACUGAUUUUGAUCUUUUCUUUGGUCCUUCAGGAGGUAGAGCUUCACAAUCUCCAAUGGUUACUGAACCUGUUCCUGAGACAAAGAAGUUUCAAGAGGGGAUGACAUUCGUAGAAAGUCGAAAAGAUAAAUGUGAAAGAUGGCACAGGAAGGCACGUGAUGAUCCUGACAUGUUUCGAAAUCUCACUAAAGAAGAAUGGGAGGCCAAGUACGGUAAAUCCAAUAACGAUGAUGAAAUUGGUAAGCCUCCUAGCCGCCUUGACAGUAAUGAAAGUUCCUCCAAUAAAGAGGACAUCAGCAUUGAUUCCAUAAAAUCAUUAGCUAUUAAAAAUGUUAUCGACCGGAACCCAAAGGUGGGCCACAGCAACACUGUACCCGUUAACAAAUACGUUUUGAAUAUCGCCAAGUCCUCUAGCCUCCGUCAGGAGUAUCAAUCAAAUAAAGGAAGAUCAUCGAGUGACUCUAACAGUAUGGCAGUUGCAGAGGUCAUCGAAUCAAUCAGUCCAAUUGAGAUGAGCGGGACAACUUGGAGGGAAAGAAGCAGUGAAACUUGUCAAACUAUUGGGAAGACAUUAAGAGAAACAAAGAGCGGAGAGGAUUCGAACGAGAGUACUAGUGAGACAAGAAGAGACAAAUUAUUUACGAAAAUCGGAAGUAACAGGAAGCAUAGAGAAGGAAUGAGUAGCUCACGAAAAUCACGAAGAAGAGAAAGAAAGAGAAAAACAAGAAAGGAAAAGGAACGAAGGAAACGAAAGAGAAGAGUAGCACCGCGUGAAAGUAGUUCCUCAUAUUCUGACAGCGAAUCCGAUUCGAUGACAUUAUUCACAGAACUCGACAUCAAAAAGGAGAUCAUCGUUAAAGACGAACCUGGUCUUGAAAAGGUUGAAUGUUCAGUAGAAAAGACGAUCAACCAUCCUGAACCUACUGAAUGUAAUCAUCAAAGUGCCCAACAAGAAUUAACUAUUGAUAAAACAUUACUUUCUAAUAAAACGAUAGUUACUAAUCAAGAGCCAGUCACAAAUAAAGAUUUAAUUACUAGCCAAGAAUUAAGCACUACACAAGAAUGUACUAGCAAUGAGGACACAAGUCUUCAGAUGCGGAAGCAGUCGAUGCCAACAAUUCUAGAAAUGCCCAAAGUCCCCAACAUUGUAUUAAUGGAAUUUCCUGAAAAGGAAUCUACAAGUUUAAAAACUAUUGAUGGUGGCAACAAUGCUAAUUCCCAGGCGCUCGAUACGAUCGCCAGUACUAAGCCAUUGGAAUCAACAUCCGAAACGUCUCAUUCAGCACAGCUUGAUAUGCAGAAAGAGGAACAUUCAGCGUCUACAUCACGGUCCGCCAAGAACAAGGUUUUAGACAAAUCAAAACAAGAAAAAAAUGACAUUACUUCCGUGACGGUACUUCCUAAAGAUGUAAUUAACAUUUCACAGAAGAGUGAUAAACCUCCUAAGGACACAGUACCAGAGGAUGCCGAAAAUGUACGAUCUUCAAAUAUCGAUCAAUUGUCGGUGGAGAAAUCAGGAGAAGAAGCUGCGGAUAAGGUGGACAUAGGGAACGGGACGAUAAGGUCUAAAUCAAAUGAAGAAAAGCCAUCGAUGAAAUUCCAAAACAUAAAGUCAGAAGGACGCAAGGAGAUGAAACUUAUCGAAGAGAAAGCAAAGAAAAAAUCAUCCUCGUUAUUACGCGAUAAAAAAUCCAGUGCGACAAAACACUCAAAAAUGUUGACAACUGAAUUGAAAAGUCUAAAAGUCAAGAUUCAGAAAGAAAAAGCUUCCUCUGGUACAGCAGAUUCUUCAGAGCAUAAGAAACAAUCGAUUCAAAUACAAAUUCCAACUGAGGACAAUCCUGAUUUAAAGGAUCCUAGAUUAUCGAAGCUCAAAGAACGUGUACAGCAAUCACCAAAUAAAUCGGCCAGGGAUUGUCACAGUAACAUUUUCAGUGAAAAGUUUAGCGUCGAAAGUACGACCGAAGAACAAGAAAAACAACAAACGCAACAUUCUCAAAGUACUUUGACUACUCAUGGGAAUAUAAACAAAACGUUACGUGACAUUGAACAAAACGUCCAAACCCCUUUGACAGUAGAAGCAUGCACAGUUGAUUUUAAUGCAAAAGCAGCAAAAAAUACAAGUUCGGAGGUGACAUCUCUAUGCAGCCUGGACAGUCCUUUCAAAGGAUUUUCAGAAGAAUCACAACUUCCUUCAGAGCAACUUGCGAGGAACACGCUACUCCGUUCCCAAGCAGAAUUCCUGAACGGUGCUACUGUCAGCGACGAAUCUAUUCCUGAAGAGACAUGCGAAAACAGUGCUUUGUGUGUCAAGACAACGUCUCCCAAUGAAGAUUCUAGUUUGCAGAGUCAGGAGACAACUUCCCCACAAGUGCUUCCAGAAAAGAGUGAAGAACUUCAAUCCAAGGACGUGACGAAUCUUUUAGUGAUUUCUGCGAGUGGUGAUAUUAGUGAUAUACAAAAGGAUGAAAGUAUCGAAGUGCACGUGUCUUCUGAUUCGUUGAAUGGAAAAGCAAAAAGUGAGAAAUUGAUUAUUAACAAGGAAACACAUGUUGAGGGAAUGUGUAUUGAGACUGGCACGCGUAUAGAUGAAAAUAUUGAGCAAGACAAGGUGUAUGAGAAUAUUAUUGAUACUGUAAAAUCUCCUGUUGAGAAGCUGCAAGAUGUUGACACUCUGAAGAAAGAACAUUUAGAAAAGGAGACUUCAGAAAUUGUGGAGAAGCUUGAACCAGCGAAAAUAUUUGAUCCGAUAAUAACGUUGGAACAGGAAGGUAUCAAAGGUUUAGAAGUGGCGGAAGUCGGCAAAGUUGAAAAAUCGUCUGCUGUAGUGAUACUGCCAGAACUAGCGGAAACAUCGAAAGUGGAAAAAGUAGCUCAAGUGGCGAAGAAGUACGAACUGUUCAAAAUAGAUACAACUGUAAAACCUAUAGUAGUAACGAAAGAACAGGAAGUAGAGGAAUCAGCUGUAGCAGAGAAUUUGCAAGAAGUGCCGAAAGUACAUGAAUUGGCGAAAGCGACAGAACCGUUAAAAGUGCUCGAUGUGGUAAAAUCGUCUUCAAUGGGAAAAUCGAACGAAAAGGUUAGUUCGCACGAAGCAAUGAAAAUUCAUGAAGGCGUUAAAUUAUCUGUAACGAAGAAAAAACAAGAGCGGCAUAAACCACACGAAAUGGUGAAAACAUAUGAUACGGAAAAAUUACGUGUUGCAGAAAAGACACAAGAAGUAACGAAAAUUCAUGGAUCAAAAAGGUUAGAAACAGUUAAAACAUCUAAAGCGGUAAAAUCAUCUAUGAUGAGAAAAACACGUGAUCGGUAUAAGGUGUGUGAGAUAGCCAAGAUAGAUGAAGCUAAACAAUCAACUGCCGUCGAAAAGACACAAGAAUUUGCGAAAUUAGAUGAUAUGAAAAAAGAGCUUGAGGUGGUUAAGCCGUUUGCAGUACCUAAACGGCAUGAUUUGGUAGAGACGCCUGGAGUGGAAAAAAAGUCUGAAGUAAUUGAAUCGUCUAUUACAUUGAAACGGCAUGACAUUGAAAAAUCGGCUGAAGUGGAAAAAUUAACUGAAGUCAGCAAGUCGCCUAUAAUACUGAAGGGGCAUGAAGUUGUAAAUUCACCUGAUGUGCAGAAAAUUCCUGAAGUGGAAAGAGCACAUGAAAUAAUAAAGCCACCUGUAGUAUUGAAAAGGCAUGAUUUUUUAAAGUCGCAUGAAGCUUUAAAAUUAUGUGAAGUGGAAGAAAUGGUAGAAGUAGGGAAGGCAUCUGUAUUACUGAAAAGAUAUGAUUCGGAGAAAAUACCAGAAAUAGUUAAACCAUCUGUAUUACUGAGAAGGCUCGAUGUAAAAUCACCUAUGACAAAGAAAAUAAAAGAAGAGGUUAAGCCAUUUGUAGCAGGGAAAAGCCAUGAAGUAGUAAAUUCACCAACAGUAGAAAAAGCACAAGAAGUGGUUAAACCACCUACAAUAUUAAAAAGGCAUGAGGAAGUAAAAUCACCUCCAAUAGAAAAAGAACAAGAAGUGGUUAAACCAUCUACAGCAUUGAAAAGGCACAAAGAGGUAAAAUCACCUGUAGCAGAAAAGACACAGGAAGUUAUUAAACCAUCUAUAACAUUGAAAAGGCACAAAAUGGUAAAGUCUCCUGUAGUAGAAAAAGGACAAGAAGCAGUAACACCAUCUACAACAUUGAAAAGACAUGAAGUGGUAAAGUCACCUAUAGCAGAAAAAGAACAAGAACUAGUUCAAUCAUCCACAACAUCAAAAAGGCACGAAGAGAUCAAGUCUCCUAUAGUAGAAAAAACACAGGAAGUCAUUAAACCAUCCACAACAUUGAAACGGCAUAAAGUGGUAAAGUCUCCUGUAAUAGAAAAAGGACAAGAAACGGUAACACCAUCUACAACAUUGAUAAGACAUGAAGUGGUAAAGUCACCUAUAGCAGAAAAAGAACAAGAACUGGUUAAACCAUCCACAACAUCAGAAAGGCCUGAAGAGCUGAAGUCACCUGUAGUAGAAAAACUACAAGAAGUCAUUAAACCAUCUACAACAUCAAAAAGGCACGAAGUGGUAAAGUCUCCUGUAAUAGAAAAAGGACAAGAAACGGUAACACCAUCUACAACAUUGAUAAGACAUGAAGUGGUAAAGUCACCUAUAGCAGAAAAAGAAGAAGAACUAGUUCAAUCAUCCACAACAUCAAAAAGGCACGAAGAGAUCAAGUCUCCUGUAGUCGAAAAAACACAAGAAGGCAUUAAACCAUCUAAAACAUUGAAAAGGCACAAAGUGGUAAAGUCUCCUGUAGUAGAAAAAGGACAAGAAGCGGUAACACCAUCUACAACAUUGAAAAGACAUGAAGUGAUAAAGUCACCUAUAGCAGAAAAAGAACAAGAACUGGUUAAACCAUCCACAACAUCAGAAAGGCCUGAAGAGCUGAAGUCACCUGUAGUAGAAAAACUACAAGAAGUCAUUAAACCAUCUACAACAUCAAAAAGGCACGAAGUGGUAAAGUCUCCUGUAAUAGAAAAAGGACAAGAAGCGGUAACACCAUCUACAACAUUAAAAAGACAUGAAGUGGUAAAGUCACCUAUAACAGAAAAAGAACAAGUACUGGUUAAACCAUCCACAACAUCAAAAAGGCAUGAAGAGGUAAAGUCUCCUGUAAUAGAAAAAGGACAAGAACCAGUAACACCAUCUACAACAUUAAAAAGGCACAAAGUGGUAAAGUCUCCUGUAGUAGAAAAAGGACAAGAAGUGGUAACACUAUCAACAACAUUGAAAAGACAUGAAGUGGUAAAGUCACCUAUAGCAGAAAGAGAACAAGAACUGGUUAAACGAUUCACAUCAUCAAAAAGGUACAAAGAGGUGAAGUCACCUGUAGUAGAAAAACUACAAGAAGUUAUUAAACCAUCUAAAACAUUAAAAAGGCACAAAGUGGUAAAGUCUCCUGUAGUAGAAAAAUGUCAAGAAACGGUUACACCUUCUACAACAUUGAAAAGACAUGAAGUGGUGAAGUCACCUAUAGCAGAAAAAGAACAAGAAGUGGUUAAACCAUCGACAAUAUCAAAAAGGCACGAAGAGGUAAAGUCACCUACAGUAGAAAAAACACAAGAAGUCAUUAAACCAUUUAAAACAUUAAAAAGGCACAAAGAGGUGAAGUCGCCUGUAGUAGGAAAAACUGAAGAAGUGAUUAAUUCAUCCACAACAUUGGAAAGACAUGAAGUGGUAAACUUGCCUGUAGCAGAGAAAAAGCAAGAAUUAGUUAAACCAUCUGAAGCAUUUAAAAGUUAUGAAUCACCUGAAAUGGAGAAAUUAUCGGGAGUAAUAAAAAUACAGCAACAAGUAAAAAUAGAUGAAAUAACAAAAACAGAAGAAGUGGCAAAACUAUUUGUCGAACAUAUGAAAGCCCAUGAAGUGUCAGAAUUACAUGAACCUAGUGCCAGUACCUCAAAAAGCCUAAAUUCAGAAGUGACACAAACUCAAGCAGAAAUAAAUGUAACAAAAUCACAAGAUGCACUAAAUCAUCAUCAUGAAAAAUCCCAAGAAAUAUUAUCAGAAACUGGAGUUUCAUAUCCAAGUGUUACAAAAGGACAAUCUGUCGAUUUUUCGGAGUCAUCGAAAUGUGAAGAAAAAAUAACCAAAAGACGCAGAGUAUCAAGAUGGCAGGAUAACGAUGAUAUUCCAAAAGUCAUAGAACCAAUUCAGUACGUAGAGAAACCGAAGAUUCGGUCAAAAACUCGAAAAGAGAGUAAGAAACAUGACAAUGACCCACUACAUAAAAUCAGGAGCAGACAAAAAUUUAAGGAUAAAAAGAGUAAAGCACCAACUAAAUUAGAUAAAAUCCUAUCACGAGAGAAUGCAAUGACAAAAGAAAGCGUUAUGUCAAGAAUGAUUGAGAUUGAUCUUGAAAUUCAUAAAUUAAUGACAGAAAAAAUGACGCUAUAUCAACAACUGAAUAGUGAAUCUUCAUUACUGGAUGAUAACCAGGCUAAUACAAAAGAUAAUCAUGAAUCACGAAGUAAGAAAAGGAAAGAAGUCAGUGCAGUCAGUCUCUUUUCUCAUAACAGACUGUCUCUGGAGAAAGGUCAUCCCCCAACUCAUCAGAGUACUCAUGGUGCAAGGAAUAAAGACAUUCUCUUCGAUGAUAGCCAAGCAGAUCAUGACAAUUCAAGAAAAGAUACAUUGGUGCAUGUGUUUGAUAAUUCCUAUGAAAAACGUGAAAGACAGACUUCAACGUCAAUUUCAGAGGCUAAACAAGGACGCAGUGUGGACCAUGUGAAUAUAGAAAUAGACAAAUCAAGUUUUCCGCCGGAAAAUAAUAAAGAAAAAAAAAGAUUACGACUGGACAAGCCUGACAUUGAAAAAACUCAUAAUAAGAGUAUUACCGAUAAUAAAGAGUCACUGAAUGCUUUGAAGAAUUACAAGAAGAUGAUUAGUAAACCAGACAAGAAAACUGAUAAUGACAUAGCUACUGUACGAGAAGUAAGAGUAGAAAGUAAAUCUUGUACGAGCCCAAAGUAUCCUAAGGGUAACGAUGAUAGUACAAAUGUCGAAGAAAAUGUUCUUGAAGAUCAGUACGUAACUAGAAUAACAGAGGAUAGACCCCAGCCUUCUGUUGGAGUUGACGAAGAGAGUAAAUCCAGUGAGAAUGUUUCAAAGAGGUCCGAUUCAAAAACUACGGAACGUUUAUCCAUCUAUUCGGAUGACAGUACCAGAGAAUCAUCACUGACACUUGAAUCUAGUGAGGCAAAAAAGUGUACUACAGGUUUGGCAUUACUCGAAGAGACUUUCAAACGAGAGAUGGCCAUUUCCAGAAAGCUGAAAGCAGCAGCCAGGAAGCAGAAGAAGGAAAAAAUAGAAACCUUAUUGAAGAAUGUGAACAGUUUAACUGCAGAUGAAGAGGAAAUCCCAUUAAACGUCUUGUUUGAGAUGAAGCAGAAACAGAAGCAGCAUCUGCUUGAAGAAAUGGGUGUCAAGUCAAAGUUAGAAAAGUUGCCAGAGAAGUCUCAAGAAAAUUCUGCCACAAUUUGGAAACAUGUAAUGGCCGUGAUAAAUGCUGUCGCUGAAAAUAAAACAGAAAAUGUGACAGUUGAGACACAUGAACUGGAGGUACCAAAUCUUGGGCAGUUAGUUGAAUUAUCAACAGAACAAACUCUACUUGAAGUAGAAACUACUGUAAAGCCAACCGAUACUGAUAAGAUUGAUAAUACCGGUACUUUGGAAACUAUGACAUUAAUUUCAAAAAAUAUUCUAGAACCUACUGUGUCUGUUGAAAUUGCGAGUCCUGCUUCCAAAGCAGCAGAACUUCAUACCUUAAUUGAAUCAAGACACGAGGACCUAGUACAUACUGAAAAUACUCCAGCAUCAACAGAGAAUACAGAAAAGGAUCUUAUUGGUAAAGAUUCUAAGAAGGAGAAGAGUGACAUUCAAUCUGAUACUCUCAGCGAAAAUGAAGUCAAAGAAUUAUCUGCUAAGGUUGCCAUUGACGAUACGACGACUGCUUCUGUCAAGAAUGAUCAUGAUAAAAUAAUAAGCAAUGAAAAUAAAAGGCUGACUGGUGGUGAAGAUGAACAGAGUAUUCAUGAAAUUGGUAAAACCACAGAGGCUGAAAAGGAGGAUGAAGAUUCAUCAGCGGUGCUAAAUAAAAAGAGUUCAGAUAAUAUUGAAUGCCCAGGAACUUUAAUGGACUCUGAAGGCAAUUCGAUAAACGAGACUCUAACGAGUAAUCUGGAUAAUACUGUGAUUAGUGCUGAAACGGAAAAUGAGGCGGCAGAUUCUACUAUUUUAGAUGUUCAGAAGGAUAAAGUUAUUGUUAGCCCAGAAAAGGAAAGUGCAACAGAAAUGAAAGAAGUAGAUCCAACAAUAAUAUCAAAAGAAGAUUUGAAUACGUCAUUAGAACUAGAAUCAUUUGAGGAAAUUCAUGAAGCUGUAAAAGAGACCAUGGAUGACUUAAUAAAUUCAGUUCCUGAGUCAAGUUCUGCAGAAACUAUAUCAAGGGGAAAUGAGGAUUGUUCGCAGAAGAAGAAAGAAGAAGAAAGACCUGUGGAAAGCGAAGAUAUAAAUUCUCAAACUGAAGAGUUAAAUAGAAGUGGCAGUAAUGAUUUUCUUGGAUUUCUAGUAUCUAAUCAAACAAGUGUUGAACCAACAGAGAAGACAGUACAACUAUCCACUUCGACUUCUGAAGAGAUUGAAACUACAGCAAUCACACGUAGUCGUGGGCGACCUAAAAAGCGGCUUAAUACCAACUCCUCACUAUCUGGCACAAUAUCACCAGUUCCUGCUACAUCCACCAUCCCUGAGAAACGUCCUAAAAAUGUGCAAUCUCGUGGAAAAAGAAAAUCUAUCGUUGUAGAACCAAGAACAGCAACAAAGAGACGAAAAACGAGAUGGUCCAAUAGAUCAACUGUAGAAUUGCCUGGUCUCACCAAGGAUGUUAAUUCACUGGAGACAUCCAUAGACGCGGAAUUGCUAUCGUCAAAAGGAUUUUCUAUAGAAGAAUCUAAAAAGAGAAAGUAUAUUAGCCAAUUGCAAUUAAAAAAUUGCAAAGUACGGUUGACAGAUUGUAAAUCUACAUAUCUUAGACCUGAUUGUGAUCCUAGUUUAUUUCAUCAAUAUGGUAUAUCCAAGAUCAAUGCAUAUGGACGUACCAUAUGUAUUCAAUGUGAACCUUCUCUAAAAAUUGAAGGUAACAAGAGAUCUGCUUCUGUUACUUUAGUCCAGGAAGUCAUUACCCCUGGAUAUGAUAUUAUUCACAUGGAAAGUGACAAGGAAAAAGAUUCCAGCUCCUUUUGUUCCUGGGAUCAAAAUAUUCAAGAAUUACCAGAAUCAAUUGAUGUAUCACAGAAUUCAAUCUCUCAAGAAAAAAUGACCAGAUCAAGAAAAAUUUAUAAUAAUGAGACUACUGAAAAUUGUGAGGAUACAAAUGACAACGAGCAUGUAUAUCUUUCUCAUUUGGAUCCUACAGUAUUACGACAGGAUGAAGUAUCCUCACCGCAACCUGUCAUUGAUAUUAAUGAAGAUGAGAGUGCAGCAAAUACAUCAAGUCAAUCGGAUAUUGAAAUCCUGGAGGCUACAAAAGAAUCUCGUUCAUUAAAUCAGGUUGAAGAUACAGACGGUGAAAAAAUGCUGACAAAAAUGGUGCUAGAGGAGGAGAAAUCACCAAGAACAGAAUAUACUGUUCAUAAAGGACCUGUUUUAGAUAUUAAAGUUUAUGGUGACUCUUUUAUGGCUGCCAGUGAGGAUGGUACAAUUUAUCGCUACAGUCAAGUAUCUAAUGGCAUUUUAAAUAUUUAUAGAGGACAUAAAUCAGCUGUGACCUGUCUUUGCAUACCAAAGAUUAAUUUCUCUGGUAUUAGUAGACAAUGGCUGUUUUCUGGAUCCUUGGACGGAACUCUUAGAUGCUAUGAAAUUGAUAGUGGACAGCAGGUGCGCGAAUCAGUCGACAUUGGCAGUCCGAUUCAGUGUAUGGAUCAUGCUUGGGGUGUAAUUUUCCUUGGUACAAAAUCUGGUCACGUUUCACGUUUUCACAUAAAAUCUGGUGUCAUGAAAGGCGACAAUAUACAAUUCUCUGAGGUCUCAGUUCUUGCACUGAAAGCAACGUCCGAGGGUCCAAGAAGAGUACUUAUAGUCGCCUCUCGUAAUCAGCCGAUAACAAUAAGAGAUGCACAGAAUGGACUGUUUCUUCGAACCGUCAGCGGACACAAGAAUCAUACUGUUUAUAGUUUGAUGAUGGAUCAUCAUAUGGUGUAUUGUGGGACCAGCGGAACUUUAAUUCCCGUCUUCGAUUUCAUUACUGCUGAACAAGUGGCACAAUAUAAUGCUGGUGUCGGUAUUGUCUGUAUGAGGCUAUACAAAAAGUUACUCUUUGCUGGCUGUUACGAUGGCAACAUAUAUGUCUUCAACACUAAGGACCGGAAACUCGUAUGCAGUAUACCUGGACCUGGUAAUAUGUUGUUGAGUAUGGAAGUCGUUGAUAAUAAGAUUAUAGCAGGUAGCAAGGAUAGAGGAUUGCACAUAUGGUUGAUGCCGAAGGCAGUGAGAGCAUUAAUAAAUAACAGAAGCCGUAACGCGCGUAUGAAGGAAAUCUAGUCACUCAAUGAGAAUGAAGAAUUUCGUUGAAAUCAGCUGAAUAAUAAACAAUGAAAUUCCAAACGGGACGACGUAAAGAAAUGGACAUAAUGAAAUCCUAUUUUAAGUUUAACCAUUCAAACUGUAACAUACAUUGUCUAUUAUAAAGAGAGGUCAGGUCAACAUAAUUAUUACUUACGUAUGUACAGUUUGAUUAAGUAAAUAAGGUGAUCAAGAUAAUGUGAGUAUAAAGUGCAAUCGUAACACUGCUGCACUAAAGUACAACAAUUGAUUCAUCGAUUAGUAGUUUGUAUUUGUUAAGGCCUUAGUUACUGUGAUGCCACAAUCACUGAACACAGUUUUAUAUUGUACAUUAUUAGAAUGUAUGCAAAAGUGGCUCAUGUAAAUAAAACUAUUGAUCCUGCAUCAUGAA